AUGUCAAUCCUCACAGUCCCGAAGCUUGCAGAUGAGCUCUUCUUGCGACCCAUCGUCAUAUCGAUGAACAGUCUGGCCCUGUCAGUUUUGAUAUCUUGUGUCAUGUCCGCCAACGCAAGUAUCGACUGGAGACCAAUAACCAUCUGUGUCACGUCGGAUAUCCUUGUCAUGGGUGCUGACCACCUUAAGGAUAAAGAGGAGGAAUUCAUGUCGGAUCGCAGUACCACCAAGGACCCACGCCUCGCUUCUUGGUUUAUGUAUGCACGAACAUUCCUCACCGUCAGCGCUGUGGUUCUUGUAUUUGCACUAUCUCAGUGUCCAAUUUCGACGCUCCUCACCACGGCAACAUUCGUCACUCCUGCUUUGCUCUGGACCACUCCGAUCAGCUUCAAGAAGUUUUGGCUGAUCUCGAGGCGUUUUCUCGGGAGGUCUUCCGGAGAAAAGCACCAGACUUCCACCUCUGCACCUGUCCUGGUCAUCAAACGCAUCCCUGGCAUGAAAGCCAUCUUCAAUGGAAUCAUUCGAGGAUGUGGCAUCUAUACUGUGGUCUUCUCCGUUUUGUCAGGAUCAGGCAAUAUGACCAACAUGUUGCCGUCUCCAUGGAACGUUGUUCAACUGAUAGUCUGGUCGACCGUCAACCGCUCAUGCCAUGCAAUCAUGACUGAUGUCCGUGAUUUUGAAGAUGAUAUGAAAGCCGGGGUCCCCACUAUACCCGUCCUUCUCGGUUCGAUACUCAAAACGAAGGUCAUAUUGACGGCUUGUCAUAUGCUGGUUAUGUUGGCCUUCAUUGAGAACUCAUAUAUUAUGGGAAGCUGUCUAUUUGCUUCAGCUCUGGUGUGGAUGCUUGGCAAACACUCGCCGAAGAAGGCGUUCUUGUUUAGCUCUCAUUCGCAGUCCCUGUUCAUUAUUUGGUAUUUGUUCAAGACAAGGCAGUAUCAUUAG